AUGGUCGCAAACGCGGGCAUCGCGCCCAUCUACCGUUUCGUCGACACGCCGAUCAGCGCGCUCGACCAGGUGUACAACGUCAACGUGCGCGGCGUGUACCUGUGCUACCAGGCCGCCGCGCGCGCCAUGAUCGAGCAAGGCCGCGGGGGCAAGCUGAUCGGCGCGGCGUCGACGGCAGGUCUGCGCGGCGCGCCCAACUUUAGCGCCUACUGUGCCUCGAAACACGCCGUCGCUGGCAUCAACGCCGCGGUCGCUGAGGAACUCGCGCCGCACGGCAUCACGGCCAACUGCUACGCGCCCACCAUUUGCGAGACGGACAUGCUCACGCGUAUCGACAAGGACCUCUCCGCCAUUGCGGGUGCCGAGGCCGGUGCCUUCAUCGCCAUGGUGAGCCCUACCCCUCCCCUCCCCGAUCGAUCCGUCUUCCUCUCCUCCCUACUUCCUAGCUCCAGUGAGCUAGCAAGAGCUAACCCGCAGCGCAAGGCUGCCCACCCCAUGGGCCGCAACGUCAAGGUCUCGGACGUCACGGACACGGUGUCGUGGCUCGCAUCUGAGGGAUGCAAGUUCGUCACUGGCGUGCUUGUCCCCAUUACUGUGAGUUUGCAGCUCUGA